AUGCCAUCGCCGCAUGGGCUCGUCGUUCGGCCCACCCUGCCAGACAGAGACGUGAACCCUGCUACUAUAGAGGAAGCUUACGUACGCUUCAUCUUUUACUGCAAUCCUGCGCUACAGCUGGACUGCGACACGGAGAGUUUGAGAGAUGCCUUUCGGACGCCCCCACGCAGCGGUGGCAAGUCCUUUGACACCUUCAUCAUAUACGACCUGGUGAGGAAGUUUUACAACAAGGAGAUCAAGACGUGGACCGAGUUGACCACAACCCUUGGAGUUGAGCCGCCGGACCCAUCCAAGGACGAGAGCGCGCAGAAAGUUGCCCAGUAUGGCGUUCGGUUAAAGAAAUGGAUGAACUCGAUGCACGUCAAGGCCUUUUUUGAGUAUCUCAUGGACAUACCUAAUGACUACUGGAUGAGGAUCCCCACGGACCCCAACCCCAUCGCAAGCGGCGUUCGUGAUGGCGUCGCCCUUGAGGAUGAUAUGGCCUUGAGGGCUUUGCUGCCUCAUAUACGGCCCAAGAGAGGGCGGAAGAGACCUGAGGCGGAUGAUGCUUUGGCGUCGCCGGCCCAGAGACAGCGACUGUCGCCGGCUUCUGCGGCAGAAGACUAUUGUCAGGGACAGUCAGGGCCUUGGUCGGCUCAUCCAGAUGCCCAUGGGGGCACGCCAUUAGACGCCCAGAGAGCGCACAAUCCCGCGUCAUGGGGGCAAAACGAGUCUCUACAAACGCCUGUAGGCCGGUGGCCGCAGUCUGCCGUCACACCCACGACUAGGGGCUCGUUUUGGGAUGACGCGCUUGAGCCUCGAUCGGCAGCCGCUCCCACCAAGGGCAAGGUGCCCAAUCUUCGCAGAGGCGCCAAAAAUGUAUCUUCGGCGUGGAAAACGGCCGGCAAAGAUCCGGGGACUCGGCCAAGAGGUCGGCCUCCCAUCAACCGAACGCCUGUAGAGGGACCUGGCCAACAUCACGCACAUGGCUGGACGCCAACCAACGAGACUCAACCCGAACAUUCGUACUAUCCUAGGCCAGUCCCGGCGAUGCACCCAGAACAGCCGCAGCCGCAGCCGCAGCAACAGCAGCAGUAUCAUCACCAGUUUCCUGAAAAUCAGAGCAGAGUUACACCCGCCGGACAGCAUGACCAACAUGCACCACCAUACGAAGGAGGAUCAAGACCAUCUCGACCUAGCAUCUCAUUACAGGUCCCGGAACGGGCCGGGGGUUCUGUGCGUCUGGCCACGCCUCCAGCGCCAGCGCCAGCGCCAGCACUGACACAGGCCCCGGCACAGGCCCCGACACUCGCACCGGCACCAGCAGCACCGCCUCCUCAACCUCGUCAAGUCGAGGUCAACGGCUCCGAACCCAACGGCCAAGUUCCCGGCGACGAUAGCCAGUACCACGAUGGUUGGCGCAAAUUCGCAAGGGAAGCAGCCGAUGCCUACGAACAACCGGACCAAAGCCACGGGCCGGCCGGCUCGGGCGAUUUGGGGGACAAGGACUCAGACAUGCCCGACUACUACUUUGACAGGAUGGACGACCGCACAAACGUCGACGUCCUGACGGCAUACUUUACGCGCUCCAUGACCGAAGCCGACUGGCGAGAUGCCGACGGAAACUCAACAAAGACCGUCUCCCUGGAGGAAUCCGCCGCAAUGGUCCACGCCAUGCUCCAAACAAUGUACAAGACCGCCACAUCGCCGCAAGCCUUUCUCAUCAACCUGGCUGCCCUCGCGGGCUCCACCACCCUCGUCACCACGCGGCCGAAAUGCACGCGCCUGAGCGAAAACGACGGUCAGUUCAGGUACAAGUGCGAAUGGGAGUAUCGCUUCGGCCAUGUAAAGGGCGGCUUUACGUUCGACCAGGUGGUCCCGGCAAGCAUGUGGGCCAAGACGAAGCGGCCGCCGACCCCGGAUGAGGACCGGGACCGGAACCAGGAGCAGCAGCAGCAGGAGGAGGAGGAGGAGGGCAAGUUUACAAAGGAGUACUGGCAGAAAAAGUACGAGGCGCUGACGGCCGAGCUGGAAAGCAGGGACAGGAACCUGGCUGAUUUGAGGGACAAGGUGACCAAGGCUCUGGGCCGGAACUUUAUGUGA